AUGGGUACCAGUCACUCCAAAGCUUGCAACUCGGCUGGUAGAUUAGUCUGGGACUGGUGUGUAAGCAAUGGCAUUUGGCUCUCUGCUGCACAUAUACCAGGUGUAUCUAACACACUGGCUGACAAAGAGUCCAGACAAGCUCUGGGUUCAAGUGACUGGGCCCUAGAUCCUAGUUGUUUUGCUCGGGCAGUAGAGAAAGCCCGCGUUACACCAAAUAUAGAUCUGUUUACUUCUAGGCUUAAUUACAAACUGAAACCGUUUGUUGCAUUCAAACCAGACCCAGAGGCAUGUGCCAUCAACGCCUUUAGCAUAUCAUGGUCAACAUAUUCAUUUUAUGCUUUUCCACCCUUUAGCAUCCUACCCAAAGUAUUGCAAAAAAUUCAGUCAGACAAGGCCACAGGAUUGUUAGUCAUUCCAAAGUGGCCAACCCAAUCUUGGUGGCCAAGAGUCAUGAGAAUGUUGAUACAAGUGCCAAUUCAGUUACCAAUCGGGAGGCACAUAUUGACUCAACCAAGCCAACCAAGCCUUGUUCACCCCCUUUACCCCAAGUUAGUCUUAUUGCUAUGCCAGGUAUCGGGGGAUUCCUUAAAGACCGUGGACUUUCACAGCAGGCUGCCAAACUGGUCCUGCAAUCUUGGAGAGAAAGCACUCGCAAGCAAUACAACCCCUACAUUAAACGAUGGCAGUUAUACUGUAGCGAAAGAAGCUGGGGUGAAUUAUCUGGCAGAACUAUACAAUACUGGCAUUGGUUAUAGUGCCCUUAAUACAGCACGUAGUGCACUUUCUUCAUAUGUCAUUCUCCCUGAUG